AUGCUGGUGCUACAACUAGACACCAAUUCACAAUCAGCCGAAAUAUCCAAAGAAAAACAUCCAAAAGUAUCAAAACAUCCUUGUCAUACUCCUGUUGAUACUAAGCCCAAACUUAGUGCUACUGCUGAUACUCUUUAUGAGGAUCCGACCAAAUAUCACAGUCUUGCAGGUGCUCUGCAGUAUCUUACACACACUCGGCCCGAUAUUUCCUAUGCCGUGCAGCAGAUUUGUCUUCAUAUGCAUGCUCCUACUAAUGAGCAUAUGAGUGCUCUCAAGCGUAUCAUACGCUAUCUUCAGGGUACUUUCUCUUUUGAUCUUCACUUAUACAAAUCCAACAUUACUCGUCUUAUCUCAUAUACAGAUGCCGAUUGGGGCGGGUCUCCUGACACUCGUCGUUCUACCUCCGGAUAUUGUAUUUUUCUCGGAGAUAAUUUGCUCUCUUGGUCUUCAAAACGGCAACCCACCCUUUCUCGUAGUAGUGCUGAGGCCGAGUACAGGGGUAAGAGGAAAAAUUCCACAAUUUUUACCAACUAA